AUGACUCAGUCCCCCAUGACGCCAAAAACCCUCGACCCCAUAACCCUCUUCCACACGCCCAGCAACCCCGCGAGCAAAAACGCCUACAAGAUCCUGCAGCGCGCAUCGACGCUGGCCCAAUCGCCCGAUGCGCCGGCGGGCGGGCGCGGCGAGUUCCAGCUGGAGGUGACGACGGCGCCGCCGACGACGGACCAGCUGCGCAACAUCCUGGACUACGUGACGGGCAACCCCGCGGGGGCUGGGGCACCGGACAAGGGGAUGCGGUAUGCCGUCGGGGAGGUGGUGCGCGGGGCCAAGGAUGCGGAGGAGGCGAUUCGGCGGUUCAAGGGGGAUCCGGAGGGGGUGUUUGUGAGGCCGAUUUCGAUUGGACGAAUGGGCAGGCGGUUAUUGGGGAUAAUGAGUCGGAGAUUUUGA